AUGACUCAGGGGGAGGGGGACAAAUUUGGCACGAGACCGUCAGCUUCCAUCCGGGUGUUUCCAGCAGGAGGCGCCAAUCCGCUAACUGAUGGCUGUGAGGUGAAGCCUUGCAGGAAAGUGGCUGUGAUUCAAUGCUGUGCAGUAACCUUGGCUUCUGUUUCCUGCGCUUCUAAAGCAGAUCUAGGAAGACGCACCUCCACUCCAGCACCCCAGAGCAAAAUCUCUUCUGAUGGGAAACUGCAGCGUAAGCAGAAACACAGAGAGUCGACACCCCACGAUGAAUAUGUGAAGAAACUGAGAACUGACUCUGUUCAGAAUCUUUCUGCACAAGAUAGCCGACCACUUCCUGUGGGAUUUACAGUGACUCCACACCAGCGUAUUCACACAGGAGACAAACCCAAUCACUGUAUAGAGUGUGGGAAGACAUUCAGAUUUGCAACUGGAUUAAAACUACACCAGCAAACUCACACAGGAGAGAAACCAUACGAGUGUCCUGACUGUGGGAGGAGUUUUAAUCAGAAAUGUAACCUCCAAACACACCAGCGAAUUCACACAGGAGAGAAACCGUUUCACUGUGCAGAUUGUGGGAGGCAUUUUAAUCAGAAAGUUUCUCUUCAAAAACACCAGCUAACUCACAGUACAGAUAAAUCAUUUCACUGUGCUGAUUGUGGGAAGACAUUCAGACUUACAACUGGAUUAAAACUACACCAACGUAUUCACACAGGAGAUAAAACAUACGAGUGUCCUGACUGUGGGAAGAGUUUUAUUGAGAAAAGUAACGUUCAAGCACACCAGCUAACUCACAGUACAGAUAAACCGUUUCACUGUGCUGAUUGUGGGAAGAGUUUUAAUCAGAAAUGUAACCUUCAAACACACCAGCGAAUUCACAAGGGAGAGAAACCGUUUCAAUGUGCUGAUUGUGGGAAGAGUUUUAAUCAGAAAUGUCACCUUCAAAAACACCAGCAAACUCACACAGGAGAGAAACCGUAUGAGUGUCCUGACUGUGGGAGGCGUUUUAAUAAUAAAGGUAACCUUCAAACACACCAGCGAACUCACACAGGAGAGAAACCGUAUGAGUGUCCUGACUGUGGGAGGCGUUUUAUUCAGAAAUCUAACCUUCAAUCACACCAGCUAACUCACAGUACAGAUAAACCAUUUCACUGUGCUGAUUGUGGGAAAGGUUUUAAUUGUAUAACUUUACUUGAAGCACACCAGCGAAUUCACAAGGGAGAGAAACCGUUUCACUGUGCUGAUUGUGGGAAGAGUUUUAAUCAGAAAUAUAACCUUCAAACACACCAGCGAAUUCACAAGGGAGAGAAACCAUUUCAAUGUGCUGAUUGUGGGAAGAGUUUUAAUCAGAAAUAUUACCUUCAAUCACACCAGCGAAUUCACACAGGAGAGAAACCGUAUGAGUGUCCUGACUGUAGGAGGCGUUUUACUCACAAAUCUAACCUUCAAUCACACCAGCUAACUCACAGUACAGAUAAACCGUUUCACUGUGCUGAUUGUGGGAAAGGUUUUAAUCGUAAAACUUUACUUGAAGCACACCAGCGAAUUCACAAGGGAGAGAAUCUGUUUCACUGUGCUGAUUGUGGGAGGCGUUUUAAUCAGAAAUGUGACCUUGAAAAACACCAGCUAACUCACACAGAUUCUGGCGAGAGACAUGCUUUCAGUGAAGCAGAGGAGGGGCCAGUGAUAGAAGCUGGACAAGAGGACAUCUUUGAUCAGGAGUGUGAUGGCUGUGAGGUGAAGCCUUGCAGGAAAGUGGCUGUGAUUCAAUGCUGUGCAGUAACCUUGGCUUCUGUCUCCUGCGCUUCUAAAGCAGAUCUAGGAAGACGCACCUCCACUCCAGCACCCCAGAGCAAAAUCUCUACUGAUGGGAAACUGCAGCGUAAGCAGAAACACAGAGAGUCGACACCCCAAGAUGAAUAUGUGAAGAAGCUCAGAACUCGCUCGGUUCAGAAUCUUUCUGCACAAGAUAUCCGACCACUUCCUGUGGGAUAUACAGCGACUCCACAUCCCGACAGUUCUGCAACCCAGGGCAACUUCAUUUCCCUACAAACUCCCCAGCAGAUUCCUUCAGAGCAGAUCUUGUAUCACUGUACUGAAUGUGGCACCAAUUUCAGUGAUCGGGGAAAGCUGAAAAUACACCAGCGAGUUCACACAGGAGAGAAACCCAAUCACUGUACGGAGUGUGGGAAGACAUUCAGAUUUGCAACUGGAUUAAAACUACACCAGCUAACUCACACAGGAGAGAAACCAUAUGAGUGUCCAGACUGUGGGAGGAGUUUUAAUCAGAAAGGAAGCCUUCAAAGACACCAGCAAAUUCACAAGGGAGAGAAACCGUACGAGUGUCCUGACUGUGGGAGGAGUUUUAAUCAGAAAGGUGACCUUCAAAGACACCAGCGAAUUCACACGGGAGAGAAACCAUUUCACUGUGCUGAUUGUGGGAAGAGUUUUAAUCAGAAAGGUCAUCUUCAAAAACACCAGCGAAUUCACACGGGAGAGAAACCGUUUCACUGUGCUGAUUGUGGGAAGACAUUCAGACUUACAACUGGAUUAAAACUACACCAACGUAUUCACACAAGAGUGAAAACAUACGAGUGUCCUGACUGUGGGAAGAGUUUUAUUGAGAAAAGUAACGUUCAAGCACACCAGCGAAUUCACACGGGAGAGAAACCGUUUCACUGUGCUGAUUGUGGGAAGAGUUUUAAUCAGAAAAGUAACCUUCAAACACACCAGCGAAUUCACAAGGGAGAGAAACCGUUUCAAUGUGCUGAUUGUGGGAAGAGUUUUAAUCAGAAAUGUGACCUUCAAAAACACCAGCGAACUCACACAGGAGAGAAACGGUAUGAGUGUCCUGACUGUGGGAGGCGUUUCAAUCAUAAAAGUAACCUUCAAACACACCAGCGAACUCACACCGGAGAGAAACCUUAUGAGUGUCCUGACUGUGGGAGGCGUUUUACUCAGAAAUCUAACCUUCAAUCACACCAGCUGACUCACAGUACAGAUAAACCAUUUCACUGUGCUGAUUGUGGGACAGGUUUUAAUUGUAAAACUUUACUUGAAGCACACCAGCGAAUUCACAAGGGAGAGAAACCGUUUCACUGUGGUAAUUGUGGGAAAGGUUUCAAUCAGAAAUGUGACCUUCAACAACACCAGCUAACUCACACAGGAUAGAAACCGACAGCUUUGAAAAUCCAUUUACAAACAUUAAUACUGAAGCUAAAUGGAAAAGACAUUUCAGUGAAAAACGAGGUGUAGUGGAGUCUGUUGAGGUCCCUCUAGGAGUAAGAUUUGACAGCAGAAGAAACCGGGAUACAGGCACAUAUGAUCACAAUCCUGUAACUGACAAGUGUAUUUAUAUUCCAUUGUUAGAAUCUUUUAAGUUUAUAUUUAGGAGUCCAGACAUUUGUAAUCCUAUUGUACAACCCUGUGAACAAAACGCGGUUUAUAAAGAUUUCUGGUGACGGCAGCUGCUAUAGAAAUCAUCCACUUUUCUCUCGGCAUAAAAAUGCAUUUCAAAUACAACUUUACUAGGAUGACUUUGAAACUGCAAACCCAUUAGGAUCCAAGCAAGGGAUACAUCAAAUUGGAAGCUUAUAUUUUAUUCUUAGAAAUCUUUCACCAAAGGUAAAUUCAGCACUAAUGAAUAUUCACCUUGUUUCACUGUUCCACACACAAUAUAUUAAAAAGUAUGGAUUUAAUGCUAUACUACAACCUCACGUUGAUGAUUAAAAACAUUUUUGAAAGUACUGGAAUUAAAGUUCCUUUUUCUGAAGAACCAAUUGAUGGUACAGUUGCUCAGUUCACAUGAGAUACCUUAGGGGUGCACACACUUCUGGGGUUCAGGGAAUCUUUCAGUUCAGUUUUUUUUCUGUCGACUCUGCUUGAUUGAUAAGAAUUCGUCUCAGUCAGUAUUCAGCGACGAUGAUUCUAACAUCAUAUUACGUGACACAGUUUUGCAUGAACAGCAUUGCAAUGAUCUGCUAGCAGACCCUACAUGACCCUCCUCCUUUGGAAUGAAGCGAUAUUGUUUGCUGAAUGACUUACAGUUUCUUUCUCAUUUCUGAUCAUUUUGCUUUUGAUAUUAUGCGCGAUGUCCUCGAAGGCGUCCCCCAGUAUGAAAUGAAGUUGCUUUUUGGCUCUCUCUGUGACAGUGUCAUCUCCAAGCAUGACAUCAUUAAUAGAAUUCACUCUUAGAAUUAUGGUUUGUUGGAGAGAAAGAAUCGUCCAAGGAUCAAUCUAGAGCAGUCUGACAAUGGGAUAGAGCUCAAUGCUAUGCGGGCAGCAGUGUGGAGUAGUGGUUAGGGCUCUGGACUCUUGACCGGAGGGUUGUGGGUUUAAUCCCAGGUGGGGGGAUACUGCUGCUGUACCCUUGAGCAAGGUACUUUACCUAGAUUGCUCCAGUAAGAACCCAACUGUAUAAAUGGGUAAUUGUAUGUAAAAAUAAUGUGAUAUCUUGUAACAAUUGUAAGUCGCCCUGGAUGAGGGCAUCUGCUAAGAAAUAAAUAAUAAUAAUUCAGACAUUCUGCUUAAUUAAAAAUAUUCCCCUAGUAUUUGGAGACAUUGUAAACGAGGGAAACAAAAAUCUGAGCUUGCUUCUGAUGUUGUUAAAUAUUUUCAAUAUUGUUUUUUCACCAGUGAUUACUGAGGGUAUGACAGUGUAUCUCAAGCACCUAAUUGCAGAACAUCAUAAGCUUUUCAGAGAGCUAUACCCACGAUGCAAUUCGAUUCCAAAGCACCAUUUCAUGAUCCAUUAUCCCAGAUGCAUCAGAAAAAUAGGUCCAUUAUUGCAUUUCUGGGCAAUGAGAUUUGAGGCAAAGCACAAGUUUAUUAAAAACAGUGUUAUAGAAUUUCAAAACUAUUACCAAAUCACUGCCCCAAAAAUACCAAAUAGCUACAGCAUGCCACUGGGCGUCUUUAUCAAUAAAGACUAUUGAAUGUGGACCUCUUAAAAUACGAGCUUUAAAUGAUUUUCCUGACUGUGAAAUUACAGCAGAAAAACUGCAAGUUGGUUUGGAUUGUGACAUUAAUAUUACUUCUAGGAUUAGAUACUCAGGAAGUGAAUAUCGGACCGGCCGUCUGAUUUGUAUAAAAAUAGAAGACGAAAUGCCGGUAUUUAGUAAAAUAAGUGGAAUUGUUUGAGAAGCUGAACAAUAUAUUUUAGUGGCAUCUGAAUUUGAAACAGAUUGUUUUCUAGAACAUCUUCAUUCAUUUCAUGCAGGAGGAACUUGGAAAAACGUUCCAUUUGAUCUUCAGACUUCAUAUGGCUUUGAAGAACCUGAUUUGCAUGCGGUUCCAGCGAGUUAUUUAAUGUACAUGCCAACCACAACAUUGUAUUUUGAUUUUAAGUUCUAUAGUUUUGGAAUUGAAAUAAGUAUUGUGGCACUUUGAGGGCUGGUUAUGCAAUGGGAAUUUCUAUAAAUAUGGAGAUAUAAAGGAAGAUGUAAAUAUCACUCCUUCCACAGAAGGUGCAGGUUUGUCACUGCUUCCAUUGAAUUGAGGAGAUUUAGAAAUCGCAGCCAAAAGUGUGUUCACAAAGAACGUCCAAAAUAUGAGAUCCAAAGGCAACCAAACCACUCACCGUGGACACAAACUUUUGGCUGUGAUGUCAAAAUCUCCCGAGUUAAAGUGAAACAGUAACACAAUGUCAUGUUCUGGAGUUAAAUGCAUUUGUGUGAAUUACAAGUUGGGCUACAGAAAUAGUACAAAAUAACCCAGGAUGGCAGUGAGGACAUUUUGAUUUGGAAAAUGAUAUUGAAGUGUACAUUUUUUUCCUUUACCAGCAGUUAUUCUUGUAGAUGAACACUGUUGUCUAAAAGUAACUGACAUCCAAAAAUUAUAAACUGUACUUGGUGUCCAAAAGGUGUAUUUUGUGAAAUAAAUGCUUUGA